AUGUCGGCCUCUGCGUCGGCGACGGCAUCAGCACCCGCUGCCUCUGCAAGUGGCACGGGGAACAGUUCCGGUGCCACUGACGGUUCGGGUGUGUUGGCAUCGGGGUGGUACCCGGGCUGGCUCGCUGGCCAGAACGCCUCGAGUGAGAUCUCGUGGGAGAAGUACAACAUGAUGACCUUCGGCUUUGCUACCACAACGAGCGACUCUUCUGUGCUCGCUCUUGAUGACACCAGCAAGACCGCGCUCCCAGACUUCGUCCAGCAGGCGCAUGACAAUAACGUCAAGGCCCUCCUCUCGAUCGGUGGCUGGACCGGUUCGCUGUACUACUCCACUGCAGUGGCCACGCCAGAAAACCGCACCGCAUUUGCUGGCGCGAUUCUGGACAUGAUCAACCAGUACCAGCUCGAUGGCAUCGACUUUGACUGGGAAUAUCCCAACAAGCAGGGUGUCGGCUGCAAUGCCAUCCUCGACCAAGACUCCGCCAACUUCCUCUCGUUCCUCCAGGAGCUCCGCGCCAACGAGAACACCCCGGCCAACCUCACUCUGACCGCCGCCGUCGGUGUCGCGCCUUUCGUUGGCGAGGACGGUGAGCCUAUGCAGGACGUGUCCGAGUUCGCAAAGGUGCUUGAUCACAUCGCCAUCAUGAACUACGACCUCUGGGGCUCCUGGUCCGACGGCGUUGGCCCGAACGCCCCGCUCAACGACACCUGCUCCGACAACCCCCAAGGCUCCGCCGUCUCCGCGGUCAACGCCUGGACCGGCGCGGGCUUCCCCGCCAACCAGAUCGCCCUCGGCGUCGCCGCCUACGGGCACUCCUUCUCCGUCAACGCCUCCGCCGCCUCCCCCGACGGCACCACCCUCGCCGCGUACCCGGCCUUCGACAAGGCAGACCAGCCGAUGGGCAGCUCGGACGACCCGAACGCGACCGGUGACGAGCCGGACGUGUGCGGCGUGGUGGGGAGCUCGAUCAGUGGUGUGUUCGACUUCUGGGGGAUGGUCUCGGAGGGGUAUUUGAGUGACAAUGGCACGGCGGCGGACGGGGUGUUGUACCGGUAUGAUGAUUGCUCGCAGACGCCCUACGUCUGGAAGUCGGACACGGAGGUCAUGAUCUCGUACGAUGAUGCUACGUCGUUUGCCGCCAAGGGCAAAUUCAUCACCGACGCUGGCUUGAAGGGUUUCGCGAUGUGGCACGUUGUCGGCGACUACAAGGACACCCUCCUCGACUCUAUCAACACCGCCGCUGGCCGCCAGACGUCCAGCUCAUAA